AUGGUGAAUCUCUGGAACAACGCUCGGAUGCAGUUGCUGGGCCAGGGUCCCAGCAGUGAGGUCUGGAAUCAUCCGCUGCCGAAGACCCAGCAGCUCGUUCAGGAGGAGAUGUCCGGAGGAAACCAGGUGAUCACUGACUUGUUCGUGGCCCUUACCAUUAUCCUCGCGAUGGGCUUCAUCCCGGCCAGCUUCGUGGUGUAUCUGGUCCACGAAAAAGCCUCCAAUGGUAAGCAUCAGCAGCUCCUCACCGGCAUCUCACCGGUGAUGUACUGGUUCUCGAACUACUGCUGGGAUUUCGUGAACUACCUCGUGCCCCUGCUCGUCUGCGUCAUCAUCUUUGCCGCCUUCCAGGCAAUGGCGUACUCUGGGGCAAACCUUCCGGCGAUUGUGGUCCUGCUGCUCUUCUACGGCUUGUGCAUGACGCCGCUCAUGUACUGUGCUGAGCCUCUGUUCGCAGUGCCGUCGACUGCCUAUGUGACCUUGAUCUGCUUGAACAUCUUCACCGGCACGAUUUCGACGCUGGCGAUCCUCACUCUGGAGGCCUUUGUGGAAGAGCUCCCUACGCUCAUGCCCAUCCUGGAUUUUGGUCAAACGAUCUUCCCAUGGACCUUGCCGAACUAUUGCCUCGGUCGUGCUUUGCUGGACAUCGCCGUGAAUCACUACGCCAACUUCGCCUACGAGGAGUUCGGGGUCUGCGUCCACGAACAAGGGGCGGUCUGCUUCAAAGACCCGCUCAGCUGGGACGUCUCCGGGCAUUACAUCUUCAACUUGGUGCUCAUGGCCCCAGCGUGGUUCUUCCUGCGCCUCCUCAUCGAGUGGGGCUGCUUCCUGCGGGGUUUCAAAGCCAGGCGACUGGCUCGAAUUCUGCAAAGCGCGGCGCGGCCUGGAGAAGAAGGGCCCCAGGUGGAGGAUGAGGCUGUUUUGGCUGAGCGCUCUCGAGUGCAAUCCUCUGCACGCUCGGCCAAGGCGGGGCUUGGGGACAGCUUGGUCAUCGACAACUUGGAGAAGU